AUGUGGGAUGGUUUUGAGAGGAACGGUGCUGACUUCGGAAUCGAUGACUUGGCGCAAGACACGGACACUGCAGCCACAGCCACGCGCGAGAGGCUUGAACGCGAGGCCGAGACAUUCGGCCUAUGGAAUCCACGGCUUGCAGCUGCAGAGACCGGGUUUGGAGAGACGGAAAACGAUGAGAUGCUUAGAGAGUUGUUGGGCGACGAUCCAGAAGGCGAUGAUAUAUUGGCUGAGUUGUUGAAAAACGCCGCACUGUUGCAUGACGAACCUGAGAUAAAUGGCCAUCCUUUGGAUCAGCCCGAAAACGCGGAGAACUCAUCAACUCGUUGUUGGCUUCCAUAUGAAUCAAAAGUGAUAUUUCUCUUGGACUUGAUUGAUAAUCUUCCCCGCCUACGGAUAUCAAGCUCAUUGAUGCGUGUCCUAUUGUGGGUUCUGAAGGAGAUGGGAGUGCGCGAUGUACCAUCCUUGGAUCGGCUGCGAAAGGUGCAGAAAUGGCUUCGAGGCUCGAGCGGUGUCGCGUCGCUUGAUUGUGUCUCAGUUCGUGGCAAUCGGUUCACAAUCAACGACCCUGUCGAAUUGGUCGCAAAGGACUAUGCAAAUCCACUCACCGUUCCGCACCUUGAGCGCUACAUUGUCGACCCAUGCGGGAAGAUCAGUGAAGUCUAUCAUGCCCAGAAAUGGCAUCACGACGUACCAUCACACAUCCUGAGUCCUAUGUACAAUGACCGGCAGCGAAAUCAACACUUCUAUGUCAACGAGUUGGCUUGCGAUCUCCGAGCUGACGCGUAUCGCGUGAGCAUAUCCUUUGAUGGGAUUGCAUCUGUGCAUGAUCAAGAUUCAACAGAGUCCAUCAAAGCAUGCGACCUGGCGGAGAAUUACCUUUCGCUCGAGGAGAGUCAAAAAUUACCCUCGCGCUGGAGCAACUCUGUUGAUGCCGAAUACCCAGCAAAGAUGCCAAACCCUCUUCGUGAUAUUGCCAAGGGACGCCCGCUCUACACCAGCUUCAUCGACUAUUUCAGCGACGAUGUCUCAGGAAAUCGCUCAAAAUCCUGGAACAAGCACUGGAAUGCGUACAUGACUCAUCGGAACCUUCCGCGCCGUCUACUUCAACAAGAGUUCCAUACUCAUUUUGUGUCGACCUCGCAGCAUGCAAGCAUCGCGGAACAGUUCUUCGAAGCUAAGAAGCGAGCGCAAGCCGUUCCAGCUCUUGCGAGGGCUCAUGGGCCUCAGGCCUCCAUGCGAGGAGGAGUCUUCUAG